AUGGCCACCUUGCUCUCUCUCAACCAGGACGUCCUCCUCGAGCUCAUCUCCCACCUCCCCUCCGGCGAUGCCUUCCACCUCGCUCUCACUUGCCAUUAUGCAUACACCCUCGCGUUUCCUCGCGUUCUUGCACACUGCGCCAUAGUAGCCAAAGAAAAAACGAAGCGGCGAGUGCGUCGUUUCCGCGACUUCAUCCUUCGCGCGAACCCAAGGCUCCCUCAAGGCAGCCCCAUACGCUAUGUUCGCUCUCUCGAUCUUCGGCGCAUCCGCCCAGACAAGCAUGGUGUCGAACUUUUGAAUACCGUCCUGUGCUCCGCGUCUCGCCUUCGCGCACUCUCUCUGUCCCAUGCAUAUAUCAAUCUUGAAAACCCCAAUUUCGGCCCACCAGUGCUCGGCAACAUCUUCCAUUGGAUCACAACGCUCGUGCUCGAGGGCUGCAACCAGCAUACUCUCAUCAACUUGACCAAAUUCCCCGGAGAGUCCCUCGAAACCAUGUCACUGCAUUUCACAAACGAGUACGUCGACAGGUCGACCCUCCAGCCCUUCGACCCGCACGCCUUCCUCAGAAAUUUGGCUCAUUUCCCUCGUCUACGGGAUCUCAAGCUCCUCAAUGCCAAUUUCUUCACCAUCGGCACUGUGCCUCCUUCCUUUUACCGCACUCUCAUCCCCUCCCCUGUCCUCCCCUCCAUCCGCCGCCUCGACCUGCAAACCACAGAUCUUAUCCUCGAGACCCUCCUUGCCGCUUGCCGUGGCCUCAACCAUCUCUCCUUCUGCCUCACACACUACACGCACAUAUCCGCCCCCCUUUCCGGUGCUGCUCCCCCCUGGCCCAGCCCGCUACGGUCCAUCACCUGGAACUCGGUGGCCAACGAAGGACUCCUAAAAGAUGUCGCUCCCUCGGCAAUUGCCCGCCUUCCCCGGGUGCAUCGUUUCACCCUUUCCAACGCGCUUCACGUACCCGCGGACUCUCUCAAGAUACACCCUUUCUCAAGCUGCGGGAACACCGAACAAGCGUUCACGAUCCUCGCGCAAACCCAGCCGGUCGUCGUCGACCUCACUGUCUACGUCAGCCCCGACAUCACGCGCGCCGAGUGGCGGCCGACCCCGCCGUUUUGGUCCUCGUUCGCCCUCAGCACUCCGCGCCUGCGCUCCCUCGAGCUCACUUUAGACAUCAGCGGAUGGCCGACGAAUUACAUACACUGCCUCUGUGACGCCCUCAUCGCGCUUCCGAAGCUCCUGCACCUCGGGUUGGACAUCCCUCCCCUGACAAGCCCGCACCCGAUGCACUGUCCGGACGGCGCGGACGAAAGUGUGCGCGAGACGUUCUACAAGGAUCUCAGGUGGGAGCGCGGGAUCGAGCUGAUGCGCGUGGAGCAUUUCCAGGCGAUCAUCGCGGUGGGUGCGGGGCUGAUGCGCAGUCUCAACGUGCUGAGGGUCGGGCACAUGCUGCCGGGGUUCCAUCCGGAGGCGGGAGACGAGGAGAUGUUCGACAAAAUGAUGGAGAUCGUGCAGCGUGGAAAGCGAUCGCUCUCAGUCACCACCGACAUCAGACAAGACGUGCAAUGGUAUGGGGUAGGGCACGGGGUGGAUGAGGAGGGCGAGGUAUUGCCGAGGCGGUUCGUGGAGAUAUCGAGGGACGAAGGGGAGAGGUUGCGGGAGCUCGCGCAGGCUGAUGUCAUCGACAAGACUUGA